GUGCACGUGUUUACAAGUCGCAGCUAAAUUUUAAUUUUUGUGAAAAUCUUAAUAGAAAUUACAAUACAACAUGUAUUUAAUGUACACUUUAAACGAAAAUGGUGAACGUGUUUACACUUUGAAGAAACGCACCGAGGAUGGCAUGCCAACAAUAUCAGCCCAUCCUGCUCAUUUCUCGCCAGAAGAUAAAUACUCCAGACAACGCCUUACCAUCAAAAAACGUUUUAAUUUGCUUUUAACACAAAAACCUGAACCCGUUUAUUAAAUUCUCCCCCAUGUGUGAUUUCCGAAUAGUUUGUAGUAUUUACCAUGUAAGACUUUUUAUAGACAACGUUCAGUAGUUCUUUUCAAUAAUAAAUUACAAUGAUUUAUUAACUAAACAAUAAAA